AGCAGUCAAGCCGCCAAUCAGAGGCGGCCACCACGGGCGCAAAGAAAGGGGAAAAGGAAGCCUUAUUGCCGCCAUUUCACGUGAAAGCAUCGCGGUAAGAACGACGUCUAGGGCUAAACAAUUGCAAAAAUCACAGAGAAUCUGAAUUAAAUACACUAACUCGAGAUUUAUAAAGCAAACGUAGUCGUUUAAGCAAGUCGUAGGGCCUGAAAGUUUUCGUCUUGACUGGGCCUUUUUCUUUUUCUUGGAGACGAAGAAAAUGAGCUACGGAAGGCCGCCGCCAGACGUUGAGGGGAUGACCUCCCUCAAAGUGGACAACCUGACUUACCGAACUUCGCCGGAGACAUUGCGCCGAGUUUUCGAGAAGUAUGGCCGCGUGGGAGAUGUGUAUAUCCCCCGGGAUAGAUACACCAAGGAGAGCCGUGGCUUCGCCUUCGUGCGGUUCCUCGACAAGCGCGACGCCGAGGACGCCAUGGACGCUAUGGACGGCGCGCUGCUCGACGGGCGGGAGCUCCGGGUGCAGAUGGCCCGCUACGGGAGACCACCGGACUCCAUGUACAGCCGGAGAGGUGCUCCGCCGCGAAGAUACGGAGGGUACGGACGUAGAAGCAGGAGCAAGCCGUUCGAUCCAGGCGCCCCCCACACAGCCCGCCUCAGGUCCCGCUCCUACUCCAGGUCCAGGUCCAGGUCCAGGUCUAAGUCUAAGUCCAAGUCCAAGUCCAAGUCCAGAACACCCAGACGGAGCAAGUCAAAGUCUCCCUCCAGGUCUCGCUCCCGCUCCAGAUCCAAGUCAAGGAGUCGAACACCGCCUUCCAACAGAGGGUCAAAGUCCAAGUCCAAGUCCAGGUCCAGGUCCAAAUCCAAGAGUAGGCCUAAAUCACCAGAGGACAACGGCGCUGAGUCUUAACCCAAACUUGGACACAAUAUAACGAUCUGAGAUGAUUGAGCCUUUGCUGAGGACAUCAGGAAGAGUCUCACAUUGAGCAAGUGGACUCCACUAUUACCACUGAAUGCAGACUGAAAGGUUAUUGGAGCUUGGUCUAAAAUGUUUUAAAUGUUUCAUUUGACUUAAUUUGCCUAAACAAAUUCUGUAACUUUGAUGUCAUCAUUGUUUGUAAAGUUGAGCAUAUUGAAAGGGAUUUGUGAGGUUUUUUUUUUCCUUCCCUGAAUCCAAAAUGUUUUGUUUGUUUUUUUUCCCCUUUUUUUUCUUUUAAAUUUUGAUUGAAUUUGUACUUGUUAAUAAAUUCUUUUUUGACUUUAAGUAUAUUCUUUCUAAUAAAACCCCUUGUUUAACACUCUUUCCAGAUGAAUAUGGAAGAGUUUUAUUUGCAGAGUUCAUGUAGAAAAAGGUUACGUUGGAUGUUACAGCUAUGUUAUACCACUCUUAUUGGAAAAAUGGCUUACUGAACAGUGAUGUUAAAGCAAAACACGAAAAUAUCGCAGUGCCACUUAAUUUGUGACUUGCUAAUCCGGCAAGAUAGCAUUUUCUUUUCUGUCACAUCUGUUUUUUUCUUUUUUUUUUUUUUUCUGUCUGGUUAAAGUUGCUUUCCUAUGACUCUAACCUUCUUUCUUGUGUAUCUUUUGUGCACUAGGCGCAGUUGUGUAGCAGUUGAGUAAUGCUGGUUAGCUGUUAAGAUGCGGUGCAGUGCGGUGGUGACAUGGUGUGGCGUGUUGCGGUGCUGAGUGCCCGGCGCUGUUCCGGGGCUCGACCCUCCGCUGCCGUUUGCCGGUUUGUAAGCUCACAGGUGUGGCAGAUCAUCCAUCCUCUCCUGUCUUGUGACCUCUCCUUCCUUCCAUGUGCUGUACAGAUUCUAUUCCUUUUCUCUUUAUUCUCCUUCCUUUCCUUCUCUCCCCCCCCUGUGGUUUAUCCACUAUUGAAAACUGGCCUUGCUCGCUUUUUGAAAUUGAGUCCAGUGUGACUCCUAGUGAAGGGUUUAAAGGGCAGCUCCGACUGCUUAAUGAAUAAUUUUUGUGUAUUGCAUUCCUCUGUGAACCUCUCAAAUGUCUUGUUAUUGCUUCAGGUGAAUGCUAAUAAACAUCUUU